AUGAUUCCCACCACCUCAGGUAACAGCUCUGUAUCAUUUAUCCUUCCAACUCCGCUGGUUAAGGUAAGUGAAAUUAAUACAGAUUCAAAAGCAUCUCUUAUUGACAAAUCUACAAGAGACAUAGAAGAAGAAGCAGUAGAAGAAUUUGAACCGGUUGGAGACUUCAAACCCUUGGUGUCUCUCCCUAUAGUAAAUGUUGUGACAGGAGAAGAGAAUGAUACUAAAUUGUUUGGAGAAAGAGCCAAAUUAUAUAGAAUGGAUGUCGCAUCUAAACAAUGGAAAGAAAGAGGAGUUGGCGAAAUUAAAUUGUUGUCAAAUGAUCUGAAUAAUAAAUUUAGGGUUUUGAUGCGCAGAGAACAGGUGCUAAAGGUGUGCGCUAAUCAUUAUAUAACGCCAGGCAUGAAUCUUGUCGAAUUGCAAUCAUCUGAAAAUUCUUUUUGUUGGUUGGCUAAAGAUUUUGCCGAUGAAGAAAUGAAAGAGGAAAAGUUCUGCAUUAGAUUCAAAACUAAAGAACAGGCUACCAAGUUUAAAGAAUGUUUCACUUCUUGUCAAAAACGAUUGAAUGAAUUUAGCAUGAUGACUAAAAAA